AUGAUCGACACUGGUGUUUAUCUUUUGAAUGUAGUGAGGCAAAGUGUUCAGCUUUUUUUAAAUGCUGCUCGAACUAGGAAUCUUGCUCUUCUCAAGAGGAUUGCACAGCGACUCGAUGAUGAGGGGAAAGGGUUGGCUACAACUGUGGCUGAUAUAAAAGAUGCCAACCAACUACAUUUUGUGGCUAGAGAGGGCAAGAAUGAUGUGUGCAAGUAUCUAUUGGAGGAAUUGAAGCAUGAUGUUAAUACACGAGAUGAAGAUGGUGAGACUCCUAUUCUUCAUGCUGCCCGUCAAGGACAUACUGAAACUGUCAAAUAUCUUUUCGAGCAUGGUGCCAAUCCUUCAAUACCCAGUAACUUAGGGGCCAUGACUUUGCGUCAUUCUGCUGGAAUAGCAUGUGGUAGUUUAGAACAAAUGAAAGGACUAUCUGUUGCGCUGCUCUACAAGAUGGUUGAUCAAUCUCUGUUCGCUAUGGAUCCGGAUCCUACUGAUGCUACAUUGCCCUCCAAAAGAAGUCUUUGUUGGCUUCUUCUUUUACAUGCUGAGAAGGCGUUAGCUGAUGCAAAAACAUGCAGAGCAUUAAGACCAGACUGGAAAUAUGAUGAAGCGGCCAAUGCUUUUUAUGAGGGUGUGACACUUGCCCCUGAGAAUGGGGAGCUUAUUGAGGCUUUUAGCUACCCAGGCAAGGCAAGGCAAGGCAAGGCAAGGCAUGGCAAGGCAUUGCCGUGA